AUGCGCCUCGCCUUGACUAUCUGCGCGGCAUGCGCGGUCGCUCGCGCCCAACUGUCAGCCGACGAGAGCGCGAUAGCCUCAGCCGCAACAUCCAUCUCCUCAACCCCGACCCCAACCGAAGUGCCGAUCAGCGCCGCCGUCCUCUUCCCAUCCGCCAGCUCAAGUUGGUCCCACAACGGCACAGCAUACUUGAAAUACUCGCUGCCGGACGGGGUGAGCCUCAUGAGCGUCGCGUACGUAUUGGCGAAUGACAACUCCAACUCGCAACUCAAGGUCGGCAACUCGCAACUAGAUGACUUUAAGCCGUACUUCCUGUACACGAAACUGAUGCGAUCAACAGCACAGCCAGCGGGGGCAGGGACAUACUGGAUAAAAUGGAUCCCGGCCUACGGAGAGAACCCCGACGAUGUGCCGCCUGGAACGGGGUACACGGUUGGGGUGGCGUAUCAGCUCGACGCCACGCAACCACACCAGUUUGUCUGGUCGGCACCCUUCGAGAUCCGCGCCGACGGCGCCGACACGCUGCCAGCUGAUGUGUCGGCAUACCCCGCCAACGCGACGAUGAGUAACUGGAAUCCGCCGAACGGGCCGACGAUGGCGGUCGGUAGCGGGGGUCACGGGCUCACACCCAUCACGUUCGCGGGCUUCACCGCCAUGGUUGUCCUCGGUUUGUGGCCACUCUGA